CUGGCUACCGGUUUCCCUGCAGUCCGUGAAUGAACGCGUCUGAUUAACGCGACCAACUGCUGAAAUGGCAGGAGAAAUAUCCAUACUUGGGUCCGUUAUACUGGCCUUAUUCCUGGCUGGCUAUCUUGGCCAACAGUAUCUGCCUCCUCCUACACCCAAAGUAAUUGGGUUGGAUCUCGGAACAACAUUUUGUUCAGUGGGAGUGUUCCAACCAGGAACGGGAGAAGUGGAAGUUAUUGGAGAUGAAAAGGGUCGGAAAAGCAUACCCAGUGUUGUGUCAUUCACUGCCACUGGUAUAUAUGUUGGGCAUGAAGGCCAGGAAUUAUCUGACAUUAAUCCUCAAAACACAAUUUAUGAUGCCAAGAGAUUUAUAGGGAAGAUUUUUGACCCCAUGACUUUGGACCAAGAGAGUGCACGCUACCCAUUCAAGAUAAUUCUCAACAAUGGGAGUGCAGAGUUUUUGGUCUCUACAAAUACCACGUUCACAGUGAACCCAGAAUUCAUCAGCUCUCGCCUCCUGCUGAAAAUGCGAAAGAUGGCAGAGAACCAUCUGGGAAUCCACAUUGAGAAAGCGGUCAUAUCUGUGCCAGCAGAAUUUGAUGAGAUGCAGAGAAACUACACCAUCAGAGCGGCCAACCUAGCUGGGCUAGACAUUUUGAGGGUCAUCAAUGAACCUACAGCGGCGGCGAUGGCCUAUGGGCUACACAAAGUGGACGUGUUUAACGUCCUGGUGGUGGACCUGGGAGGAGGGACUCUGGAUGUUUCUCUGCUCAACAAGCAGGGUGGCAUGUUCCUGACCAGGGCCAUGGCAGGUAAUAACAAGUUGGGUGGGCAGGACUUCAGCCAGCGCCUGUUUCAGUACGCCAGCGAGCGUGUACAUCAGCUAUACGGAGUCCCACCCACCCUUAAGGAGGACAUUCACCGGCUCCGCCAGGCCGUGGAGGAGGCCAAACUUAACCUGACUGUGGAGUCCAGCGUCCCCCUCAAAGUGCAACUCUGCCUGCAGACCACAGGAGCUGAGGGCCCCCGGGAGGAGAACGUCACCUUCCACGAGCAGCUGACCCGCGAGCUCUUUGAACACCUCAACGCGGACCUCUUCCAGAAGAUUCUGGCGCCCAUCGAGACGGUUUUGUCUGAGGGGCGCUUGGAUAAGGGCGAGGUGGAUGAAAUCGUCCUGGUGGGUGGCUCGACCAGGAUCCCACGUAUCCGACAACUCAUUAGCCAGUACUUUGGGAAGGAGCCCAACACGUCCGUGGACCCGGACCUGGCUGUAGUGACAGGUGUGGCCUUACAGGCAGGUAUCAUGGGUGGGGCCUGGCCCCUGCAGGUCAGUGCCAUUGAGAUACCAAACAGAAAUCUGCGUAAAACGAACUUCAGCUGAGCCUGAAUGGGGCCACGGUUUUUAAUGGAUCAUUCAUUACAGGUCUAUGGGUAAACAAGCCUGGUCAGUGACUAAAAUGCACUUUUUCUUGUUUAGCUUCUUCAAAUGUGUUAGUCUUGCAGUAGCUAGUGAAGCACUGUGGCAGUGCAGAGCUGCAAGUGUUAGUGUUUAGGGAGCAACAGUACUGAACUCUUGAAACAAUUCCAUUAUGGAUUUAAGUCAAACAACGAUAUCCACCCGUAUUUACUUGGACAUGUGUUUAUUAUCGCCCAGUUCCAAACUCCAAACUAUGUCAUGCCAAUAGCGCAAUGGUUAUUGAUCCUCAAGACAGUGAGGGCCAACUCGUAUCUAGCUGCUGCAGCAUCUUUUUCGAGUUGGUACUCGCGCAGCUUCAUAGAACAGCUGGAGUAGAGUACUAUGAUUGGCUGGCAUCACCCUGAGUAAGAGGAAGCCAUCCUUCACACCUAGAGAUCAGUGCUAGUUAAGCUCUCUGUGGCUCAGGAUUUUUCCUGGCAACCUCCCAAUGAUGGAGCGAAAGCUUUGACUGAAUGGUUCAUUUUUUAUAUCUAUGUAUGACUUUCUGUCAUCAUACAAAUAAAUGAACUAAUUGCUCAGCUAA